AUCGGUAAUCCCUCAUCUAUAAACGCACAUAUUAGUACCAGGUGUUUCAGUUCUUCUCCUCUUCGUUUGAUCAUUGGACUUGGAUUUAAGCAAAGUGGCAGGAGCCAGUUCCUGAUAAGUUGAAGAAUCGAAAAAUGGUCGCACCUAAAGAAAUAUUUCUCAAGGACUACAAGAUGCCUGAUUACUACUUCGACACCGUGGGCCUGAGCUUCUCCCUGGAUGAAGAGAAAACAAUUGUUACCUCCAAAAUCAAGGUUCUUCCUCGAGUUAAAGGUGCUUCUGCUCCCUUGGUCUUGGAUGGGCACGAGUUGAAGCUACUUUCGCUCAAAGUUGAUGGGAAAGUGCUGAAGGAAGGAGAUUAUCAGCUGGAUGCUCGCCAUCUCACUCUCCCUUCACUGCCGGCCAGUGAGUCCUUUGUUUUGGAAAUCGACACUGAGAUAUACCCCCAGAAGAAUACUUCACUAGAGGGACUUUACAAGUCCUCUGGGAACUUUUGCACACAGUGUGAAGCAGAAGGUUUCCGUAACAUUACGUUUUACCAGGAUCGCCCUGAUAUUAUGGCAAAGUACACGUGUCGUAUUGAAGCUGAUAAAUCACUCUAUCCUGUAUUGCUCUCCAAUGGAAAUCUCAUUUCUCAAGGCGAUCUUGAGGGUGGCCGGCACUAUGCACUAUGGGAGGACCCGUUCAAGAAACCUUCCUAUCUCUUCGCACUGGUGGCUGGACAGCUGGUGAGCAGAGAUGACACAUUUACCACACGCUCUGGUAGGGAAGUAUCUCUUCGAAUCUGGACUCUUGCAGAAGAUGUACCAAAGACAGCUCAUGCCAUGUAUUCUCUAAAGGCCGCCAUGAAGUGGGAUGAGGAUGUGUUUGGCCUCGAAUACGACCUGGAUCUCUUCAACAUUGUUGCUGUUGCAGAUUUUAACAUGGGUGCCAUGGAAAACAAGAGUUUGAAUGUCUUUAAUUCCGAGCUUGUGUUGGCAUCUCCGGAAACUGCAACAGAUGCUAAUUAUGCUACAAUUCUCGGAGUUAUCGGCCAUGAAUAUUUCCACAACUGGACAGGGAACAGGGUGACAUGCCGUGACUGGUUUCAACUCAGUCUAAAGGAAGGGCUUACUGUCUUCCGUGACCAGGAGUUUUCAUCUGACAUGGGAAGUCGCACUGUGAUACGCAUUGGUGAUGUUUCAACGCUUCGAAUUUUUCAGUUCCCAGAGGAUGCCGGUCCAAUGGCUCAUCCUGUUCGCCCGCAUUCUUACAUCAAGAUGGACAACUUUUACACAGCGACGGUCUAUGAAAAGGGAGCUGAGGUUGUGAGGAUGUACAAAACGCUACUAGGAAGCCAAGGAUUUCGAAAGGGUAUGGAUCUCUAUUUCGAAAGACAUGACGGGCAAGCUGUCACUUGUGAAGACUUCUUUGCUGCUAUGCGAGAUGCGAACAAUGUAGAUUUUGCAAAUUUCUUGCUAUGGUACUCUCAAGCCGGAACCCCGGUUGUCAAAGUGACAUCUUCUUACAAUGGCAAAGACCAUACUUUCUCUUUGAAGUUCAGCAUGUUAACAUUCUGCAGUCAAGAAGUACCACCAACACCAGGGCAGCCCACCAAAGAACCAAUGUUUAUCCCAGUGGUUGUCGGUCUUGUGGGCCCGAGUGGUAAGGACAUGAAACUUUCUUCUGUUUAUCACAACGGCGCACUGGAAACCAUUUCAGGCAGCAGCACAAUACUUCUAGUGACCAAGAAAGAAGAAGAAUUUGUGUUCACUGACGUAUCCGAGCGGCCAGUUCCAUCUCUACUGAGGGGAUUCAGUGCUCCAGUUCGUCUUGAAACCGAUCUUUCUGAUGAUGACUUGUUCUUCCUGCUAGCCCAUGACUCAGACGAGUUCAACCGCUGGGAGGCUGGUCAAGUUCUUGCAAAGAAGCUUAUGCUAAGCUUAGUUUCUGAUUUCCAGCAAAAGAAGCCAUUGGUUCUAAAUCCCAAGUUUGUGCAAGGUCUUAGCAGUAUACUCUCCGAGUCAAGCUUAGACAAAGAAUUUAUUGCCAAUGCAAUAACACUGCCUGGUGAGGGAGAGAUAAUGGACAUGAUGACGGUUGCAGAUCCCGAUGCUGUUCACGCUGUUAGAACGUUUGUCAGAAAGCAGCUUGCAUCUGAACUAAAAGCUGAGCUUCUAAAGGCAGUUGAGAACAACAGAAGCACAGAAGCAUAUGUUUUUGACCAUGCUAACAUGGCGAGGCGUGCUUUGAAGAAAACAGCUCUAGCUUAUCUUGCGUUACUUGAAGAUCCAUCAUUUACCGAGCUUGCCUUGAACGAGUACAAGGCCGCAACCAACAUGACUGAUCAAUUCGCUGCUUUGGCAGCCAUAGCACAGAACCCUGGUGAAACCCGUGAUGAAGUUCUUGCCGACUUCUAUAGCAAGUGGCAACACGAUUUCUCGGUUGUUAACAAAUGGUUCCGCCUUCAAGCUUCAUCUGACAUUCCUGGCAACGUCGAGAACGUCAAGAAACUCCUGAAUCAUCCAGCAUUUGAUCUACGAAACCCGAACAAGGUUUUCUCUCUUGUCGGAGGAUUCCGCAGCUCCCCAGUGAAUUUCCAUGCCAAAGAUGGAUCUGGUUACAAGUUCUUGGGCGAUAUGGUUGUCCAGCUAGACAAAAUAAAUCCUCAGGUGGCCUCUCGAAUGGUGUCGGCCUUUUCGCGGUGGAAGCGCUACGACGAAACCCGACAAGCCCUUUCCAAGGCGCAACUGGAGAUGAUAUUGUCAUCCAAUGGACUGUCUGAGAAUGUCUUCGAGAUUGCCUCCAAGAGCUUGGCUGCUUAGUUUAUUACACUGAGGUAAAAAGUAUUUACUUUUUACUGUCACUGUCAUAAUCUGCAGCUUCUUGGAGAGCUUUUCAAAUAUAAUUUAUAUUUACUUACACCAAGGUCUCUCAUCCUACUUGUGACUCAAGACAUCAUCUUUCUAAUGAUAUUUUGUUAUUUUAUUUUCAAUAUAAAAAAUUAUGAAGCAUGCCAAGUUUGGCGAAUGCAAUUGACAGUUAAAUUGUUA